AUGCUGUUUUGGCACAACCAGCCGGAGCACCUGUGGCCCAGUCCAGGGGAACUGUACCCCGGGCCCCCCAGCAGCCUGCUCAGGGAGCCCCUGCCCUUGCCCUACCUGAAGCAGGAAGAGCUGCUCAACAUCCCCAGUGCAGACCCGCCCUGCUCCGUGUUCCAGUAUGUUCUCUGUGCUGCCACCUCGCCAGCUGUGAAGCAGCAGGAGGAGACCCUCACCUAUCUGAAUCAGGGCCAGUCCUAUGAGGUGCGGAUGCUCUGCAACCCCAAGCUGGGGGAUGCUGCCCAGUGUCCCCGGCUGCUGAAGAGUGUGGUGCGCGUGGUGUUCCAUGACCGGCGCCUGCAGUACACAGAGCAGCAGCAGCUGGAUGGAUGGAGGUGGAGCCGGCCUGGGGACCGCAUCCUGGACAUUGAUGUGCCAUUGUCCGUGGGGGUGAUAGAACCCCAAGUGCUGACCUCGCAACUCAACACGGUGGAGUUUCACUGGGACCCGACCAAGAAGACCUCACUUUUCCUCCAGGUUCACUGCAUCAGCACCGAGUUCACUCCCCGGAAGAAAGGUGGAGAGAAAGGCGUUCCCUUACGCCUCCAGAUCGACACCUUUAAGCCCAGUGACAAGCAGCUUCCGCCUGAGCACCUGCAUUCAGCCGGCUGCCUCAUCAAGGUGUUUAAGCCCAAAGGAGCUGACCGGAAACUAAAAACUGACCGGGAGAAGGUUGAGAAACAGCCUCUGCAUGAGAGAGACAAGUACCAGGUUGCCUGUGAGAGCACAGUCUUCAUGGAGUGUUCACCGUGGCCAGAACCCACUGCAGGGCCCCACCCACCUCUCAGCCCUCUUGCUCUGACCACCCCUCACUCCUGCAAGCUCCUGUCCCCUGAGAGGCUCUGCUCCUCACCACCAUUCACUUUGGACACCUUGGGGGGCAGCCCAGCUGAGGAUCUGAAUCCUGGAGCCUCCGUCCCAGAGACACAGCAGUGGUUGCAUCGGCACCGGUUCUCCAGCUACUGUCGGAUGCUGGCCAACUUCACUGGCACUGAUCUGCUGAAGCUUACCCGCCAGGACCUUAUCCAGAUCUGUGGAGCUGCUGAUGGAAUUCGUCUUUUCAAUACUCUUAGAGCCAGGCCCAUCCGUCAUCGCCUGACUUUGUAUGUGGCUCAAGAGGCCUCUAGGCAAGAGAACGAGGUUUCUAAGAACUCCGACUCAGGUGAGGUUCUGACCUCUCUUCUCCAAAGAUGAGAAACUCAAGUGUGGCUACGUGAAACUUCUGGGGAAAGGGUGAUGCCCCACUAUCCUUGGGACCUAGGAUGCCCUCCUUGGCAUUCCCCCGCCUCCCAAGACCCGAUUAGUCCUCUUUCCAGGAUGUCUCCCUGGGUUUAUCCCGCCGUCUUCUAUUCCGUCAUCCCUAUCUGAUUUUGUCGUUCCGUUAGUAUGUGGGGUUAGUACAUCAUCUAUUAUUGUACCUGGGUUUCAGUUAUUUUUAUGUAGGUGUUCCAUGGCCUCUACAUACUGGGGGCUCCCUGAAGUCAGGGGCUUUCUCCCCUCAAUCUGAGGCUUCCUCAAAGGUGAGGAAUGACAGGUGAAGACUAGGUGCAUCCAUAAGCCUUUUUCCUUCUUUAAU